UGGUUUAUUCUGUCCCAAAGCAUUACUUACUUCACCUCUGAGCCGUACUGGCCGUGACGUAAAUGAGGGAUAAAGUGCAGCACUAUAUUUUGCAACACAUUUCCAUGUACGCUUGGAGUGGGCAUUUUAGUUUAUCAUUCCCACUUGGAUCGCGGGGUUGGGGUUAUCAAAUCCGGAAGGAUUAAAUCUGGACGGACAGUAAUUCAUGGGCCGGUGAAAUAGCAUUCGUGCAUAGCAAGGCAGACUUCCAGUGAAAUUAAAGCCUUCCAAAUCUAUCAUCGAGAUGCCAGUUUUAUAACAAGGAGUCAGCAUUUACAAGCGUCUGGGGUUGAUUCAUAAAGAUAAAGUAAGAUUGAUCAGCACGGCGUCCCCUCAGUCUCGUGGUGCUGCUACAAGUAUUAGAAGUUUUCGGUGUUUUCACGGGGAAUUCUGAACGAGGGAAAGUAACAAAUUCUUUCGCCAUGCUUUGGACCAUAUUACUUCGGGCAGUCGGGUUUUAUACGCUACUCAAAAUCUUUCAACACCGCAGAUUUCUCUACAUUUGCGUAAAAACGUUACCCCGAGACGUUUAUGCUGCAAUCAUAUUCGGCUAUGUAAAUGCAUUUCUGCUGUACAUCAAGUACACGAAUCAAACCACGGCAUCCUACUUUGAUGGCCAAGUGAUCAAACGGAGGGGAAAGCCAUGCUUCUAUUUCGAGGAAGAAGUUUGGACUUAUGAGCAGGUUCAGAAGGAGUCGUACAAAGUGGGGAAUUUUUUCCAGUCGUUAGGCUACAAAAAGGGGGAUACUGUCGCCCUCAUGAUGGAGAAUCGACCCGAAUACGUGUUCACCUGGCUUGGCCUUAGUCGCAUUGGCGUCGUCACGAGCCUUUUAAACUAUAACAUCCGACUGAAAAGUUUGGAACAUUGUGUAAAUGUGUCAAACUCAACAGCCAUCAUUUUCGGCAGUGAAAUGACUCCAGCAAUCCAAGAAGUGAUAAAUUCUGGUGGUUUCAAAAACCUGGAGUUGUACUGCAUAGAGGACAGGACACCGGCAGAGAUUCCCUUAAAGGGUCGACCCGUUGUGAACCUAAGUGAACAAUUGGAUUCAACUCUGAGUCAUCCAACCGUAUCUGCAGAACAGUUGAACAAUGACGAUGUCAUUUUGUUGGUGUACACUUCUGGAACGACAGGUUUGCCGAAGGCAAGUUUGGUGCGACAAUCAAGGGUAUUUUCCAUGUCGAUGUCAGCCACGGGGGCGAGGUUGAAAUCCGGGAAGGACAUCUUGAUCACGCCGGUGCCCCUCUACCACGUUCAAGGCGGUGUGCUGGGCGUGACUGCGGCAAUAUUUCACGGCGUGCCGCAAGUCAUUCUGAGAAAGUUUUCAGCCUCAAGGUUUUGGUCACAGUGUAUCAAGUACAAAGCCACGGCUGGGCAAUAUCUGGGAGAAAUCAUAAGAUAUCUGUACAAUCAACCGGACAGACCGGAAGAUAAAUUGCACCAAGUGAAAACCUUUUUCGGGAACGGGGUGAAUCCAGCUAUUUGGGAGAAAUUUGUGGAGAGAUUCAACAACAUACAGAUUAAGGAAAUAUUUGGGGCAACAGAAGGAAACUGCAAUUUAAUGAACAUCGUGGGUCACGUUGGGGCAUGUGGAUUUACGCCAGUCUGGGCUUUGGGUUUCCUUCCAUACUUUUUUGCCAAGGUGGACGAUGCCACUGGAGAAAUUGUGAGGGAUAAAAACGGCUUCGCAAUUCAUGUUAAGGUUGGAGAAGCUGGAGAACUUUUGGGGCAGAUUUCUUCAAACCCGAUGAGACAGUUUGAUGGCUACACAGACAAGGAAGCGACCAAGAAAAAGAUUGCUACAAACAUAAGGAGUAAAGAUGACCAGUGGUUUAGGACGGGUGACCUGCUAGAACUGGAUGAGUACGGAUACUGGUAUUUUAAGGACAGGUCGGGAGACACGUUUAGAUGGAAAGGGGAAAACGUGUCCACUGCCGAAGUUGAAGAAGUCGUCACCCGUGGAGCAGGGAUGAAGGCGUGUGUAGUUUAUGGCGUACAGAUUCCUGGGGUUGAGGGACGCUGCGGCAUGGCAGCAGUUGCAGACCCUGAAGGAACCCUGGAUUUCGACGCUUUGGGCGAUGAAGUUCGUCGCUCCCUUCCUUCCUACGCGAGACCGCUCUUCCUCCGUGUUCUCAACAGCGAGAUGAAUAUGACAGGAACAUUCAAGUUGCAAAAGGUGGAUUUGCAGAAGGCGGGUUUUGAUAUCGGGAAAAUUAAAGAUGCCAUAUUCUUUUAUAAAGAAGCACAUUAUAAAAAAUACGUUCCACUGGAUGAAGCUUUAUACCAAGAUGUGAUCUCUGGCAAAAUGAGAUUUUAGCUCACUGUCUCCUAUCCUCCUCCUGGCUUUACUUGCUGAGCUUAGGGUAAGCUUUUCUGGAAGGAAAUGAGACUUUCUCCGCCCGAAGUAGUUGAACCGUAAAGUAGGUGAAUUUUAUUUUUGAACCUGUUCUCCAUCAGACUUUCAGGAAAUAUCUCUAGUCUUUUCAUUAUUUUAGUUUUCAUGUGUAUAUUUUAUUAGUGUAGGGCUCGAUGGCUCAUCGUCAAAAUCAGGGCAUGCAAGUUUGUAGAGUAGGUCGUUCCCAAUUAAAAAAAAUAUACACUCGAGAUUUUGGUAGUUUUUGAAAAAGGAGAUCUCGAGUUUAAGAAGCCAUCAGAAAAAUUGGAGUUCAUCGCAACUGGCUUAAAAACUCAUGGUCAUUCUAUUAAUAAACUUACUGGUUGUCGUUCAGAAUCUUAAAAUGAAUUCCCAGAGCCGAGAAUUGAUUAGAAAUGUGUUGAUUUUGGUGAUGAGUCAUUGAGCCGUACGUUAAGAUAAGAAGGUACUUGACAUUUUGUUGGCGUUUGUAUUAAAAUAAGCACAAAAAUCAAUAAAAUUCCUUAUCUGACUUAA